UUUCUUUCUUAUUUAUCACAAAUACCCUCAAUAGCUCUUAAAAUUCCUUUCUUAUAGUGAACAAAUAUCAUUCAUGUAAAGGAUCUGAAAUGAACAGCGUUUACUGGAAUUUGUUUUCACAUAUUGUUAUAGAUAAUAACAAGACAGAUUGUUCGGCCACCAAAAAAAUUUUCCUUUUCGGAUAAAGGUGGGCCAAUGGCCCUUAAAAGAAACAAUCAUCGUGUUUCUGAUGAUGAAUUUGUUUGUAAUCGUGAAGCAUAUGUCAAGGUUUCAUUGGCCAACCAGUCGGCUACCAAAUAUUUAUGUAUAGGAAUAUUAAAUUUGGAUUAUGACAUUGACCAAUUAUCUGAGUUAGUAUGUCUUUGACCAAUUAUGCGCCAACCAACCAUCCUACGUGGCAAACACAAAUGCUGAUCAACCACGAUGUUCAUGCCUGUAUAAAUGUGCAUCGUCUACCCUUUCUCUUCGUUUUCUUUUCUGGAGCAGUGGAAAUAGGAAUCUGAACAAUCGCAGAUAAAUCAAAACAAAAGAAAAAGGCAAAAAUUAUAUCCUGUCCAUCCACUCAAGAAACGAUGCCGUUUUGCGAGGUGGGAAUAACGCAGGGCAAAGUCGACGCAUCUCUAAACAAUGGCGUCCAGAUUUUUUAUCGGACUUACGGUCACGGCCCUGUCAAAGUCCUCCUCAUCAUAGGACUGGCGGGGACACACGACUCAUGGGGCCCACAAAUCAAGGGACUGACCGGAACCGAUAGGCCCAACGACGAUGAAACCAUGGCAAUUGAUCUGGGACAUGGCGGAGGUCACAAUGAGGUCGGUGGCAUCGAGGUUUGUGCCUUUGAUAAUCGUGGGAUGGGCCUGAGCUCCGUCCCCACCAAAAAAUCCGACUAUACGACAAGAAUUAUGGCCAAAGAUGCAAUUGCCUUAUUGGAUCAUCUGGGAUGGAAGAAAGCCCAUGUUUUCGGGCAUUCAAUGGGAGCUAUGAUUGCUUGUAAGAUGGCGGCAAUGGUGCCUGAGAGAAUUCUUUCUUUGGCAUUACUUAAUGUAACAGGUGGAGGUUUUGAAUGUUUCCCAAAGCUUGACCGCAAAACACUAUCCAUUGCAAUUCGUUUUUUAAAGGCAAAAACUCCUGAGCAAAGGGCAGCGGUUGACUUAGACACGCACUACUCAAAGGAAUAUCUUGAGGAGUACGUUGGAUCUAACACUAGAAGAGCAAUUUUGUAUCAAGAAUAUGUAAAAGGCAUAACAGCAAGUGGCAUGCAAUCUAACCAUGGGUUUGAUGGUCAAAUCAAUGCAUGCUGGACACAUAAAAUGACACAACAAGAAAUUGAUUUAAUCCAUUCAUGUGGAUUUCUUGUAUCAGUCAUUCACGGCAGGCAAGAUGUUAUUGCUCAAAUAAAUCAUGCAAGGAAGCUUGCAGAGAAGCUACAGCCUGUUGCCAGAAUGGUAGAGCUUCAUGGAGGGCAUCUAGUAAGUCAUGAGAGGAUAGAAGAGGUUAAUCAAGCUCUUCUCGACUUGUUAAAGGCAUCUGAAAUGAAGAUGAGCCCGCAUGAUUGGAACAACUUCCCCAAGAAAAGUUCUGCAGGAGCUUCUAGCAGAACGACGAUAGAGGGGGAAACCAACAUAAUCUUAGGAAAGCUCCACUUUUACCUAUUAUAUCUAUUCAGUCUAUUUAUGAUGGCGUUAAAGAAUGGAAGAAGUGCUCUACGAAGGCUAAAACCAGCUAGAGUUGGAGCUUCCCUAACAUAGUCUAUUUUUUUAACUGGUAAGUUCUGAGUUUAUCUUUCCUUGUGCUUAAAAGCAGGUUUAGAAUAGAAUAAACUGAGACUCAUUUGCUCGUAUCUUCUUUUUUCAGGUUUCAUAAAUUUCUGCCAUUGUGGCGCGACCUCCUUUGGCUAGGCUGUUAGCUUAUUUCUAUAUUAUUGGCGAACCUAGGUACACAAAACAAAAAAAAA